AUGGAGCUUAAAGUGGCAACCAUUGAAAAAGAAGAAAACUCUAAUUUCAUUCUCGGGCACUCUCACUUCAUCAAGACUGUAGAAGAUCUUCAUGAAGCCAUUGUGAACACCAACCCAAAUAUGAAAUUCGGAAUUGCUUUCAAUGAAGCCUCUGGUCCUUGUCUGAUCCGACAUUCGGGAAAUGAUGAAAAGUUAAUUCAACUGGCGAUCAAAAACGCGACCAAUCUCUCAGCAGGACACACAUUCAUUAUUUUCAUGGAGAAUGGAUUUCCAGUGAAUAUUCUGAACACGAUCAAACAGGUUCCGGAAGUGUGUCGGGUGUACUGUGCCACAGCCAACCCAACACAAGUGAUUUUGGCAGAGACUAACCAAGGGAGAGGAAUCCUUGGAGUGGUGGAUGGAUUUUCUUCGAAGGGAGUGGAGAAUGAAGAACAACAGGGAGAACGAAAAUCAUUCUUGAGGAAGAUUGGAUACAAGUUUUGA